AUGGCAGAAAGCGAGCUUAGCAUCGUCGAGUCCCUUAACCCAGCAGAAGCUCGAGAGAGGGAAGAGGACCGGCGCAAAAAGGUCCUUGCCGACGCAAAACACAAAGUUCCUGUACUCCAGGCUGCCGUUGAAGGCGAUCAAACCCGUCUACGACGUGUCAUGUGGCAUGCCUUCGGCCGACUUGGCAAAUCCCGACGCGAGCUUAUGGCCUCAUUUGUUCAAAAGGCGCCGGACCCCAAGGCCGACCCUGCCGAGCUAGAAGAGGUCGCAAAGAAAAAGGAACAGCUCAAAGAGAUGAUGAAGAAGCGCGCCAAAGUUCACCCUUGGAACCGCGAAUACACCUGGGACGAGCCCACGCCCUGGCUUCGGCAACAUCUCAGUCCCAUGGAAGAAAACUGGGACCUUCCCAAGCUGGAUCGAUAUCUCAGGGCGCAAAAGAGUCACCAGCGUAACACCACGGGCGCCGCCUUUCCUAGAGGCACAAUCGGCGAUCUUGAUCCAGAGAAAGAUGUGCCCGUGAAGGACGGCUGGGGCCGCCCAGUCGCAUUGCGGAGAGUGAUGAAACUCACAAGAAAGUUCUGGAAGGCCCAGGCCGACAAAAUCAUGCCUCCGGUAUCACAGGCAGAUUGGGAGUCUUUGCAGCAGCUCGCAUCCGGAGAGGCGCCUCCCGAGAUGUACAGGAUGCUCAAACGAAGGCCUAUCGCCGGCAACUUCAUCGAAGCGCCCCAAAAUACCAUAACCAGCGAGCGGUCUCCGAUACUCUCUGACAACGAUGGAGAUGAAUGGGAAUCACAGGAACCGUGGGAACCGUGGGAGUGGCAAUCUUCCGCCCAUAUCCCUGCUCGCGAUACCGAACGACCAACUCAACGAAAGCUCGAAUUGCUCACCGGCAAGAAGGACCUUGGGCCAUAUUCGCAAGCCCGUCGCCUCCUUCUUGAACAGGAUGAGAAGACAGGUCGGCUUCGAAUUGAGAAUGCCAAACGCCGCGCCUUCUCCAAGCGCGCUGUGCAGCGCGAAUAUCUCAAAAUGUGGCAGGCAACCUCGUAUAUGAAGGGGACCGAAAACAGACCGGCAAGACCCGUGUGGGGUCGUACGGAACUAACGCUGCCCGUGGUUACUGCUACACAUCAUCAUUUCUUCGAAGGCGUCGAUGCUCAAGGUCGCAUGUCGAAACUAGAGCGACUCGAGUCUACAAACACCAGCAGCCCUAUGCCUGAGGGUGAGAAAGCCCAGUCUAGAGAUUCAAAGCAAGUCAGUUCCGGUGGUGAACCUGGGGCAACUAGCGAGCCUCGGUCUAAGUCGCCUGACUCCGAGAAGUCCAGAGCAGCUGGCGACUCUGAAGCAAAGCGCCGUGACUUUAAGCAUUCCAGGCCAACCAGACCUCCACGUCAAGUCGACAACACGGCAGGCAGCUUCGGAAACUUCAAAUUUUCCAAGCCUAGAGACCAAAGGCCGCGAGACUCAAACAACACCAACUAA